GGAGAGCAAGAACGCGGCACAGAAUCUUUGUCGUAUUUUCACAGUUCCACAAUUUUAGUUCAUCUCGUUCAUCAUUCAUCAGGAAUAAACGUCCUGUUCCUGUUCCAUCUUUCCGUUCGUCAUUGUUGUUUUUUUGUGUACAAAAUGUGGGGACAAAACGAACAGGCUCAAGGUGGUGGUUUCGUUGGUGGUUCACAAGGCGGUGGAGAUGGUCAAUUCGGUUCCCCAUCCGCAGGGGGAGGCGACAAGGCAUCCAAGGGUCGGCGCUCCAACAACGUUGUUCCCGUUACUGUAAAGCAGCUGCUGGACUGUCAGGAUGAAAAUGUGCUCAUCGUGGACACUGAAGCCGCAGUGGUGACCAUCGUCGGACUUAUAGUUUCUGUCGAGCAGACUACAGUAAAAAUUUCAAUUCAAAUUGAUGAUCAAACAGGAGUUAUCGAUUGCAUCAAUUACACGGGAGCAGAUGCCGUCGAAGCAGCGGCUGAAAUCCCCUUUCUUCCAACGGUAGGAAAUUAUGGGAGGAUUGUAGGAGCCCUGAGAUCUAUGAAAGGAUCGAAAUACAUAAUCAUCUUUAAAUUUCUUCCAAUUGGAGAUCUUAAUGAGUUGACGGCUCAUCUCUUGGAGGUUGUACAACUUCCCAUGAAACUCAAAAAGUUGAAGGAGACUGAAGCACUAAAAACUGGUGUGGGCAUGAUGGGAGGUUUAAGUAACUCGCUAAUGGCAAAUUCUAUGAUGGUCGGCACCUUCAGUGGGCUCGGAGGAAUUCCAGGAAUGAUGGGCGGUUCUGGAGCAAUUGGGGAAGCAUCUUCCGCCUCAAAGUCACCUUUCAACUCGGUCCAAAAAAUGGUUCUUAAUAUAAUUCAAAACAACACAGCUGACUCUGGAAUUCAUAAGGAUGACAUUAUGAGUAAUCUUGGAGGGAAUAUUACCCCUAAAGAACUCGAAAAAAUCUUGGACGAUUUAGGAGCAGAAGGGCACGUAUAUUCUACAGUCGAUGAUGACCACUUCAAGUCAACGGACUGAAAUGAUCUAUCUACUGUUUCUACUCUGCCGUCUUUAUUAAUAUAUUUUAAAUUAAAUGUUUCUGCUUACUAACAUAUUUGUCAUCAGCCCAUGCUAAUUAUUCGUACGCGUACUAUAUUCAUUUAUUACUGGUGAACCUGGUGAAAUAACUGUAACUUACCAUUUUCAGAUCCUUAUGCUAUCAAUUAGAGAUAAAUAUAAUACCAAUUUACUAAUCUGUCUUGA